AUAAUGUCAAUGUCAAAUUGUGAAUGAAGUCUGCGAAAAAUUGUUUUUCUCAUGGACUUCCAUUUCGUCCUGUUUUUCACCAAAAUAAAUUUGUCCAUUAAUUACUAUUUUCAUCUCACUUAAUCAGGAACAAUGUAUUACUCCUCUCAAUUUGUCUUGAAAAUACCUAGAGUUAUAAAUACUGUUCAAAAGUUAACAUGUUUAUCACAGUCGACAAAGUAUAGAGUUGCGCUAGAAAAUAAUAAUCAAAUUGUUCGGAGAAAUUACAGUAAUGAGAAACAACAAAACAACGAGAAAUUUCGCCAAUAUUCGUACAGGCAUCUAUGUUAUUCGCUUUUGUUUGCUACUGCUGCAUAUUCGUCCUACAAAAUUUGGAUUAGAUAUCAAGUAUUUCCUUCAAUAACAGCUGCUGAAGAAAUAUCUGACUCUGAUUCUGAUAGUGAAGUAGAUACAAAGAAGAAAAGAUACAGGAGAGAAAAGAUUGGUUUUAGAGACAGAAAGAUCAUCGAGUAUGAGAAUCGCAUGCGCCAAUACUCUACUCCAGACAAGGUAUUUCGGUACUUCGCAACACUGCAAGCUCAACACCAUGAUCAGCAUGAGGUGUUUAUGACGCCUGAUGACUUCCUACGAUCCAUGACACCUGGAGUUAAGCAACCUGAUGGCUUGGGGCUUGAUCAGUACAGAAGAUAUGAUCCAAAGAAUAUCAGCCAACGUCUGAAUCUAGAUCUAGAUGAAGAUUCAAUAUUUUACAAACUUGGGUCAUCUGGUCUGAUCACAUUCAGCGACUACAUUUUCCUGCUCACUGUUUUAUCAACGUCACGUCGCCACUUCGAGAUAGCGUUCCGUAUGUUCGACCUGAACGGCGAUGGGGACGUAGACUGCGAGGAGUUCGAGAAGGUGGCGGCGCUCAUCCGCCAACAGAGCAGCAUCGGCUCCCGGCACCGGGACCACGCCAACACUGGCAACACAUUCAAGGGAAUAAACUCAGCCCUAACCACAUACUUCUUUGGGCCGAAGUUAAAUGAGAAACUAACAAUCGAGAAGUUUCUGGACUUCCAACAGCAACUACAGAAAGAGAUACUUUCUCUCGAGUUCCAGAGAAAGCAACCAGAUGAGAACGGUCGUAUUACGGAAGCAGAUUUCGCCGAACUGCUGUUGGCAUAUGCAGGAUAUCCCGCCAAGAAGAAGGCUCGAAUGCUGAAGCGCGUCAAGAAGGCGUUCCGCGACCACGGCGUGGGCAUAACAAAAGACGACUACUUGAAAUUCUUCCACCUCCUGAACAACAUAAAUGACGUGGACACGGCGCUGACGUUCUACCACAUAGCGGGCGCAUCCAUCGACCAGCCCACGCUGCGCCACGUGGCGCGCACCGUUGCCCAUGUCGACCUCCAUCCGCACCUCGUCAAUGUCGUCUUCACCAUAUUCGACGAGAACAUGGACGGACAAUUGAGCAAUCGAGAGUUCGUGGCAGUGAUGAAAAAUCGUCUCCUGCGAGGUCUUGAGAAGCCAAAAGACACGGGAUUUGUAAAACUCAUGCACUCGCUCGUUAAGUGCGCACGCGACACCAAACCCGCCAUAUUGGACUUCUAAGGAUUUACAGAAGAUAACGAGUCCUUUCAAUGGAAAAAGUAUCGUAUGUACAUAAUCCUAUAUUCAAUAAGAAAAAAAAAGUAUAAGGGGUCAUCCAUAAAGUAAUUCACACUAAUAGGGAAGAUGUAAUAUUUUUAUUUUUGUUUCCAUUUUAAAGAAUUCCAUCUAG